AUCAUUCUCUCUCUCUUAAUUUGAGACAAAACACACUCUCUCUCUCUCUCUUUCUCUUACAUAGAAAACAUCAAACAAAUUGAAACCACAUCCUCGUUCAUCCUCCCUCCACCACCACUCCCAAUUACCCAACCAAAACAUCUUAACCUCGUAAUCUUACACCUUAAUCAAAACAAAAACACCUCCAUUUUUGUUUUUCAUCAUUCUGAGAUUCGAUUCGGUUCACCCUUUUUCAUACAUGGCUGACGUGCUUUCUCAAAAACUCAAAUCCACCCCAAGCAGCAACAAGAAGGAUCCCUCUAAUCUGUUAUUGGGUCGAUUCGAAAUCGGGAAGCUCCUUGGCCAUGGAACAUUCGCCAAGGUUUAUUACGCUAAGAAUCUCAAAACCGGUGAAGGCGUAGCUAUAAAGGUGAUCGACAAGGAGAAAAUUCUGAAAGGUGGUUUGGUCGCACACAUAAAACGUGAGAUCUCGAUUCUUCGCCGCGUUCGUCAUCCUAACAUCGUCCAGCUGUUUGAGGUAAUGGCUACGAAAACAAAGAUUUAUUUUGUGAUGGAGUAUGUUCGUGGAGGCGAGCUUUUUAAUAAGGUUGCGAAGGGUAGAUUGAAAGAAGAGGUUGCUAGAAAGUAUUUUCAGCAGUUGAUUUCCGCGGUUGGGUUUUGUCAUGCUAGAGGUGUUUAUCAUCGGGAUCUUAAGCCUGAGAAUCUGUUGCUUGAUGAGAAUGGUAAUUUGAAAGUGUCUGAUUUUGGUUUGAGUGCUGUUUCUGAUCAGAUUAGACAGGAUGGUUUGUUUCAUACUUUUUGUGGUACUCCUGCUUAUGUUGCACCUGAGGUUUUGGCUAGGAAGGGUUAUGAUGGUGCUAAGGUUGAUCUUUGGUCUUGUGGGGUUGUUUUGUUUGUUUUGAUGGCUGGUUAUUUGCCAUUUCAUGAUCAGAAUGUUAUGGCAAUGUAUAAGAAGAUUUACAAGGGGGAGUUUAGGUGUCCGAGGUGGUUUUCGCCGGAUUUAUCGAAACUCCUUGUUCGUCUUCUUGAUACGAAGCCUGAAACAAGGAUUGCUAUUCCUGAGAUUAUGGAGAAUAGGUGGUUCAAAAAGGGGUUCAAACAGAUUAAAUUUUAUGUUGAAGAUGAUAGGCUUUGUAGUAUUGAUGAUAAUUUUGCUGACAUUGAGGAUGAUACAGCUUCUAUAACAUCUGUUGCGUCUGUUGCAUCGAUUUCUGAUUACUCAAUAGAAUCUGAUUCUGAGAUUGAGACUAGAAGGAGAAAUGCUCCUUUGCCAAGACCUGCUAGUUUGAAUGCUUUUGACAUUAUUUCAUUCUCCGCCGGGUUUGAUCUUUCUGGUUUGUUUGAGGAAAUAGGAGAUGAAAACAGGAUUGUGACUGCUGCGCCGGUUUCAAAGAUCAUAUCGAAAUUGGAAGAGAUUGCUCAAUUGGUUAGGUUUUCUGUAAGGAAGAAGGAUUGCAGGGUUAGCUUGGAGGGUACAAGAGAAGGUGUGAAGGGACCAUUGACCAUUGCUGUUGAGAUAUUUGAACUAACACCUUCUUUGGUAAUCGUUGAGGUGAAGAAAAAAGGAGGCGACAGAGCGGAAUACGAGAGAUUCUGUAACGAAGAAUUGAAACCCGGGUUACAGAAUCUGGUGGCCGCGGAAUCAGCUACUUCCUCAGCAUUGUCAUUACAACCGACCGAGCCUACAUUACUGCGUGUGCUUUCUGAACCAGUUCACAACCUGUUUUCGGAGAUUGACUCGCCGCGCUCUCUACCCGACGAGUGAAAUAGAGAAAACAACAAGGUUCUUUCUGUUUGUUUUUUUCCCUUUUAGAUUGUGUAUGAUAAAUUGUGAUUGAUAAUUUUUCCCCACCUGGAUGGCCACCUUUUAGAUUUGCUCCUUGAAUUGAGCAUUAGAUUCAACUGGAUUUUCUGUGUCCAAUUGCUAUAUAUAAAAGAAUGCUAAUUUAAAUUUGGCUAAUAGAGGAUAUUUUUCUCUAUUUUAUUUUUC